AUUAAAAGAUAUGACAAUAUCCACUCAACUCAGCCAAGCUCUUUCAACUGUCUUCCCCAACACCCACUGGUUUAGUUAGCAAUAAUGGGUUUCUUUACCUCAACAUCCACAGCCUAUUUCAACUCUUUCAGCCCUCUAAAUGAAAUUUCCCUUCCUUCCUCACCAUUUAAGCCCCUCAAAUUCCCUCCCUAUUGGCCAUGGCAAAAGGUGAAGAUAGGCCCACUUAGUGUGUCACCAAUGGGGUUUGGAACUUGGGCAUGGGGCAACCAGCUUCUAUGGGGGUACCAGGAAUCAAUGGACACUGAGCUUCAGCGAACUUUUAAUUUAGCUGUGGACAAUGGUAUCAAUCUCUUUGAUACAGCUGAUUCUUAUGGAACUGGCAGGUUAAAUGGGCAGAGUGAAAAGCUUCUUGGGAAGUUCAUCAGGGAGUAUCAAGGUCAAAAGCGGGUGCAGAAUGAAAUUGUGAUUGCUACGAAGUUUGCGGCAUAUCCAUGGCGCUUAACACCAGGGCAGUUCGUGAAUGCUUGCAAGGCCUCUCUAGAUCGAAUGCAGAUUGAGCAAAUUGGAAUAGGCCAAUUGCACUGGUCAACUGCAAAUUAUGCUCCGUUGCAGGAGUUAGCUCUCUGGGAUGGUUUAGUGGCAAUGUACGAGAAGGGUUUAGUUCAAGCAGUUGGGGUGAGCAACUAUGGACCAAGGCAGCUCGUAAAGAUAUAUGAAUACCUGAAAGACCGGGGAGUCCCCUUAUGCUCAGCCCAGGUGCAAUUUUCUUUGCUAAGCAUGGGACAAGAUCAAUUGGAGAUCAAGAAUAUAUGUGAUUCUCUAGGCAUCCGCUUGAUUGCUUAUAGUCCAUUAGGGCUUGGAAUGCUUACUGGAAAAUAUACACCCUCCAAACUUCCUCGUGGGCCUCGGGCCUUUCUUUUCAGGCAAAUUCUUCCUGGUUUGGAGCCUUUGUUGAGUUCACUAAGAGAAAUUGCACAAAAGAGGCGCAAAACUGUACCACAAGUUGCUAUAAACUGGUGUAUCUGCAUGGGUGCCAUUCCAAUACCUGGAGUUAAGACCAUAAAACAGGCAGAGGAAAAUUUGGGUGCUCUUGGAUGGCGACUCAGUUCAGGUGAGUUACUACAGUUAGAAAAUGCAGCUCUCGAGUCUCCCCAGAGGAUGAUCCAGAACAUUUUUCAGACAAGAUAAAAUUUGGAUAGAUAAUAACAGACUGGUUCCUGCUUAGAAGUAUGAAGACAGGGGACAUAGAAGGCAAAAUAUCAACAAAGAUUAUCAUAAGACGUUUGUAUCUGUGUCUGUGAUAAACAAUAUAGUAUUUAUAUUUCCUAGUUUUGUUCCAAGUAUCAUCACUCUAGGACUA